AGCAGCAGCAGCAGCAGCAGCAGCAACACGAGCAACUAGGAGAAGCCACGGGAGAGGGACGUGGCGGUCUAGCCGGCGAAUCUCGAUACGCAGUGCAGCAGCAGCAGCAGCAGCAGCAGCAGCACCAACAGCAGCAGCAGCACCAACAGCAGCAGCAGCAGCAGCAACAACAGCUUCGGCAGGUGUAUGCAGACCAACGGCCGCUCCCACCCCAAAGGUGCCUGCAGCACCAGCACCAGCAGAGGUACCGUCAACAGUGGCAGCAGCAGCAGCAGCAGCACCAGCAACAACAACAGCAGCAGCAGCUGCAGCUGCAGCAACCGCAAGCUAUGACCCAGAACGUCCAACAGCUGCAGCAGCAGCAGCUGCAGCAACAGCAGCAGCAGCACUUUAUGCAGCCACAAAUUUACCACCAAUACCAAGGACAGCAGCAGCAGCAGCAGCAGCAAUUUGUGCAUGAGCAGCAGCAGCAACAGCCGCACCCGCAGCAGCUGCAGCUGCAGCAGCAGCAGCAGCAGAUGCAGCCUCAAUCAUCCCCUCCCUGGGAACAGCAACUGCAACAUCUGCAGCAGGUGCUGCAGCAAAACCAGCAGCAGCAGCACCCCCAGUAUCAGCAGCAACCAUGCCAGCUACCGCAGCAGCAACAGCAGCAGCAGCAGCAGCCCCAGCAACAGCAACAGAUGUUCUCCCACCAGCAGCAGCACCAGCAGCAGUACACCGAGCAGCAGCAGCAACUGCAUCCCCAGGGGCUACCUCUGCCGCAGCAACAACAGCAGCUGCAGCAGCAGCAACAGCAGCUCCUGCCACCGCAGCAGCAGCAGCUGCUGCUUCCCCAACAGCAGCAACACCCGCAACAGCAGCAGCAGUUUGUGCCCCCCCAGGAGCAGCAACAGCCGCACCAGCAGCAGUUUCUGCUGAAUCAGCAGCAGCAGCACUUCGUGCAGCAGCAGCAGCAGCUCCUGCCGCAGCAGUACUCGCAGCAGCAGCAGCAGCAGCAGCACCAAUGGCAGCAGCCAUAUGCGGUGCAGCAGCAGCAAUUCCCUCCCCAGCAGCAGCUGCACCCUCAGCAGCAGCAAGCACAGCAGUUGCAGCAGCAACAAGCGCAGCAACUGCCGCAACUGCAGCAGCAGCAGCAGCAGCAGCAGCAGCAGCAGCAACAAGGUCACCGUGUUUGGUAUGGGGCGAUGAAGAGGCAGCAGCAAGGAGGCCGGCAGGGAGGGGGGAAGCGUAGAGGUGGCUUUCGCUCCUCCUGA